AUGCCCAACUUCGUUGAGGACUUCAGUGUCACGACCAAUGGACUCCGGACGCCGAAGAGGGCUCUUGAAAUCACUGCCUCAGCACUUCAUGAGGUUUUCCACUACCCCAGUUGUGACCACGAGCCAACAUGCUUAAGCGUUGCGACUUUCCUGCACGGCGAAUCCUGUUCCGUGGCAGAGAGAACGGCUAACAACGAAGAAGAGAUUGCGCGGAUUAGGAAGAGACUUGUUCUCGGCAACGGUGCCAGCGAGCUAAUUGAUCUGUGCACAAGACUUUCGUGUGCGUCUACCUGGAGCCCAGGCCCCACCGAUGUACAGUACAAAGAAUACGAGAGGUCCGCGACAAAUAAUGGACUCCAGCUGCAAGAUGAUAAGGAGGCAGAACUUGUUUGCGUUGUUAACCCCUGCAACCCCACGGAGGACUGGGUUAAAGAGCUGUACAAGACACGCGGAAUUAAAGUGUUUGUCAUACACUCCUGGACGAAAAUAUGGGCCUGCCCCUGGUCUCUCAAUACACUCGCUAUAGCCUUUCUCUCCGAGGUAGUGAAGGAUGACGACUAUAUGAAGGAAACGUGGAGAGUAACCCCACAGUGGAGUGAUGCAUUCCGCAAAGCACUUCAAGAUAUUCGGCCCGAAUGGGACAUCAAAGGACAAAACCUUGAUAUGCUGGACAUUGUUCUGAUCUUCGCCUCAUCUGGGAGUUCCCGCUGCUAUUUUCAGGCUGCUAUCGUUGUUGAUGCUCUGCGUACGCCUCUCCCGAGUGCUUAA